CUCUGUCUCUCUAUCUCUCUCUGUCUCCCUCUCUCUCUCUCUCUCUCUCUCUGUCAGUUCAUGACACAGCAAGUUGAGGAAGUGAAAUACAGUAACAUGGGGUUGGACUAAAUGUGGAACUGUGACUUCUCUAAUGUGUAAAGAGUGCUAGGAAGGGAACCAAAUUAAGGAAGCUACCACCUAUCGCUGUAACUCUGUGUACCGUUUCUUUGCCUGUUUUCUGGAAGAAUGAUUUCGAGAGCUACCUAAGAGAGUGAAUUUGCAGUCACCUUUUUGGGCACAACUUCUGGGUGAAGCUGUAGAAGAAUAACUGAAGAGAGAGAGAUAAGAUGCCUCCUCCCCCGCCACCCCCUGCCCCUCCCCCACCCCCAACCUUCGCUGUGGCAAAUACACAGAAGCCAUCACUCAGCAAGAACGAAGCACAAGGAAGAAACGCCUUACUGUCUGAUAUCGGAAAAGGUGCUCGCCUGAAGAAGGCCGUGACCAAUGACAGGAGUCAACCCGUCAUUGACAAACCCAAAGGUGGAGGAGGAGGAGGAGGAGGAGGAGGUGGCGGAGGAGGAGGAGGUGGCGGCGGCGGCGGAGGAGGAGGAGGACCAGUACUAGGAGGUCUCUUUGCAGGAGGCAUGCCCAAGCUUCGGUCCUCAGGAGGGAACAGUAACGGAGGCCCUAGGCCCCCCAUGGUACCUCCAGGAGGCCGUUCCUCAGGCCCCAGACCGUUUGGUGGUGGGGGCCCCUCCGCUGGCCCUCCACGGUUCUCAGGGGCCCCAGCCUUUCCCCGGAGCAGCGCCCCCGACCUCCCCAGGGGACGGGCAGGCCCCCCGCGACCAGAGACCCCUGGCGGACCCCCUCCCCCAAUCCCCAACACCCCACGGCCCAACCAGAACUUCCAGAGCCGAGGGACCCCACCUGUUCCAGGAGGAGCCCGGAUCCCCAGCUCAGCCCCAGCACCUCCACCCCCCAACCUUGCAGGCAGACACCAAGGCUUGCCCCCUCCCCCUGGCCCUAUAGGGGCCCCGUCUGGGCCAAAACCCUCCUUUGGGGCCCCUCCGGUUCCCAGUAGUGGACGUCCCCCUCUACCCCCAGCCCCCCACCCUGGCAGACCCUCAGAGGACCCCUGGCCCCCACCCCCACCCCUGGGGGGCCACCGGUCCUCCAUAUCCAAAGAUGGACCACCGCCACCAUCUUUCAACUCCAAGCCCCCCAGCUCGUCUUCCUCUCGGCCCUCCAUCGGCGGUGGUGGAGCUCCCCCUCUCCCUCCUGGCAGACCGGGCCCUCCACUGUUGCCCCCAACGCCUGCGGGAGGAGACGAACACACCCCCAGACUACCACAGAGGAACAUUUCACUCAACUCGCCGGCGCCGCCACCUGGCCGGUCAGGACCACUGCCACCCCCUCCCAGUGAGAGGCCGCCCCCUCUGGGUAAAAACCCCCCAGGACGGACGGGCCCGCUCCCUCCCCCUCCCUCCUCAGGUCCACGUGGAGGCAGUAUAAGGUCAUCUCCUGUCCCCCCACCUCCUAACCGCCCGGGAGCAGAGCCCCCCCGUGGGGGACAACGGCCCCCGCUCCCACCAGACCGACCGGGAAUAGGAGGCCCUCCUCCCCCCAUGGGCAACGGCUUCCAGAACUCCCAUCACCAACACAUUGAUGAGUGGGAGGCCCGGUUCCAGUUCCACCCUGUCUCAGACCUCCCUGUCCCAGAGCCUUACGUGUCCUGUCAGAAGACAUACCCCAGCAAGUUGUCCAAGACUGACGGCAGAGGUUCAGAUAAAAAGUCCAGGGGUGCCCCCCCACUACCCCCUAUCCCCAGGUGAAGCGCUCGUUUUUGGGAUGUCUCCUCUCCCCUCCUUCCCUUCCCUCCCCUCCCCUCCUCUCCCUCCCUCCCUUCCCUCCCCUCCUCUCCCUCAGAGUACAUGGAUGUAAGUAUGUCACUCCCACUGCCUCUGUCCAUGAGGCUUAUAUAGCACCUCCAUGGAAGGACCAUAUUUGCAGUGGGACUCACGCAACCAUGUGUUUCUGCCUGGAGUUGACAGAAUAUUCUCAUUUAACGAACAGCACUCCAAACCAACCAAAGUCGCAACAGAGGCUUGUUUUAUAGGCUAUGCAUUUGGUUUUGCUCCACUAUGUAGUGUUGAAACUGUAUACUUUUGUUUUCAUUUUUCACUGUGCCUUUUUUGUUUUUCAAUUCCCGGAUUGUUAUGAAGGAUCUUUAUGAGAUUUGAGGGAAACAGUCGUGUCGGAUGCUGUGCCUGUCUUCGCCAAAGAGCAACCGAACUAUAGCAUAUCAGUUACAUUAUUCUAACCAUCGAAGGGUACUUCUCCAUACAGUUCAUGUGCAGUUCACGGCCAUGUCUUGACCUUUGUUUCUACACGGUAGAGACAAAAUGGACGCUUGUGUGUUACAGUAUGCGUUGAUUGAACUUUAGGUGAAAAUUGAAUGUUUUUCUUUAUGUCUUGAAAGAAAAAAGAACGUCACUCAUGACAGUUGUUAGUUUAAUUUUGUAUGAUUUGAGUUGUCGGGAAGGAUUAUUUGUUUUUAUUUUCUAAAGUUAUCUAUUUGACUAUUUUUCUUCUACACAGUUACAGUAUUAUCUUCUGCUUCUGUACUACAGCUCUGGGACGUCUCCGCUACUUGAUAUUAACAUCAAGCUUGUCUCAGAACCACGUGCAGAGAGACAAUCUAAUAUUUGACCUAUGAAAGUAAAUCAUUCACAUGUAUUAAAAUGUUACAUACAUGAUCCUGAAGUUAUGAUAUGAAUGAGCUUUGCUCAUAGAAUUUGCAAGUGUUUAAUGUAUGCAAGGAGGAUGUGAAUAUGGAUCAAAAUAUGCUGGCUGUAGGCUGAUGUGUGAGAGAAAAGUGCUAUGUUUGGCCUCAUUGUUUUCUCUGUUCUGUAAAGACGAUAAUAUGCAUUUCUGAAUAGAGAAUGGGGGUGAAUGGCAGGAGCACGUGUGUUUGACCAAAGACAAUCGGCUGCACUAGGACGUAGUCUCUUCCCACAGAGGCGGUGUCUCAGAUACAACUUGCAUUGGAGACUACCUAGGACCAAACAGACAGAAACAUCCAGCAGAAAUGGAACGUUUUAAAAAGAGGACCAGUAAAGUUGUGUGUUAGUUCCUCCUCAGGUGACAGACAUAAUGAAUGACGGUCCUCAUGGGGACAUUUUUCUUUCAGUCUUCUUUCAGAAUGUAUUCUGUCUCUUGUUCCCUAGUUAUCUCUGUUAACCCAGAAGUCAAAUACAGCGUAGUUGGGUCAGCUACACGCAGAAACUGCCCACGGGAGAUUAGUUCCCUAGUUAUCUCUGUUAACCCAGAAGUCAAAUACAGCUUAGUUGGGUCAGCUACACGCAGAAACUGCCCACGGGAGAUUAGUUCCCUAGUUAUCUCUGUUAACCCAGAAGUCAAAUAUAGCGUAGUUGGGUCAGCUACACGCAGAAACUGCCCACGGGAGAUUAGUUCCCUAGUUAUCUCUGUUAACCCAGAAGUCAAAUAUAGCGUAGUUGGGUCAGCUACACGCAGAAACUGCCCACGGGAGAUUAGUUCCCUAGUUAUCUCUGUUAACCCAGAAGUCAAAUACAGCGUAGUUGGGUCAGCUACACGCAGAAACUGCCCACGGGAGAUUAGUUCCCUAUGAAAUUUACAAUGGUACUGCAGAGUGCUUUAUGCACUUUGGCUUCAAGGGAACUUAUAAAUGAUUAUUAUUUUUGCUUUUGUUUCUGCCUUUUUGAGUGUAUUUUCUUCCUGAUGCUUUUUAAUGUAGAACAAAGCAAACUAUUUCCAAAUGGAUUUUCUAAAUAAAGCAAAUAAAGUUGGA